UUCGCUUUACUAAAGCUUCAAGUCAUAAGUAUGUGGUUCAUAUUAUUUGUUGGGAGCCUGAUCACUUCUAUGGCAAGCGGACUGUACACACCGAUUUGCGCUGAUGGCGGUUUACCCGUGUGUGCCACGAAUGGCGUAGCAUAUCUUUACUUCGAAAACGAAUGUAGACUCAAUGCUUAUAUUUACAAGCAAAUUUAUCUUGGACAUCGAGUUCCCAUUAAAACGGACUUGGAAAACUGUUUACUAAACUGUCAUGAAAUUGUAUGUCCAGUACUGUUUAAGCCUGUUUGUGCUCAGCAAGUGCCUGAUGGAGCUGUGCGCACGGUGCCCAAUGCCUGUCUCGUAAAUCAGCUAAUAUGUUCAACUAAGCGACACUGGAAAGUUAUCGGCGAAGGACUCUGUGCGCCAACAUUAAAACCACUAACAGAUGAAGAGUAUUCAUUUACUUCACCACCAUCUGAAGAUUAUCUUUCAUCCGAUCCGCAACCAAUUUCGACAUCCUAUAUUGCGUCAUCCCCAUACAUAGGUCAGGAAUACUCAUCGCCGCCUUAUUCUGAUUCUUCAUCGUAUGCAGUUCAAGAUCAAAGUGAAAAUUACAGUGAAUCAGCUCCUUAUGCUACACCAGAUAAAGCUUCAGUACAACCUACUCAUGAGACAGCACAAGCAGCUCCUUACUCAGCUGCUGGUUCCGAUCCUCUUCCAUAUACUGCUCCAGACCAAAGCCAAAGCUAUCAAGCACCUUCAGAUUCAGCACCUACAGAUCAGAGCCAAAGCUAUCAAGCACCUGCUCCAAUCCCUGUUCCAAUCACAGCACCUUAUGUACCUCUUGACCAGAAUCAAAACUAUGUGGCGCCUACCGUUUCUGUACCAGUACCAGCACCAGCACCCCRUACCUACGCAACAGCGCCUGAUUCAGAACAGGCACCAUAUGUAGCACUUGAUCAGAGUCAGAAAUGUGUUGCUCCUGCUGAAGUUCCGAAAUCUUAUUCAGUUCUGGAAACAAUCCCAUCCUCAGCACCAUAUGAAGUACAACCGCCUUCUGCACUCGACCAGAGUCUAAAUUACGUAGUGCCAGUAGCACAGGAUCCAGAUGCAACUCAAUAUGAGGCACAGAAAUCAGCAAUGGCACCUUAUUCGGCAAUUGACCAGAGUCCAACUUAUCUAGCACCAGCUCCAGCACCCUUGCCCUAUCCCGUACAAGAACCAGUCCCUGCUCCAGCACCAGCGCUUUACUCAUCCCUUGACCAGGGUCAAAAUUACACUGGCUCAGAACAGACACAAAGUUAUGAUGCACCAUCUCCAGUUCCUGUUGCUCCUUAUGAAGCCCAACAGCCAUCACCAAMCGCUUAUUCAUCAUCAGCCGUUGGUUCAGCUGUUGACCAAAGCCAAAGUUACGAAGUAAAAGCUCCAGCAGCUUGUGCCAAUGGAGAAGUUCAGCAGAUAGUUCCUUACUCUAAUUCGCCAUUAAAUACUGAUCCAGAACCUUACAGUGCUGCAGAACAGCCUGAAAAUGACUUAGCACCAGCUUCUGUUUCUUACGCCUCAAAGUACCCAGAUCCUGCGCCAACUGCAGCUCCGGACUCUUWUUCAGUACCUGAUCUCACUCCUACACUGUACGUUAGUUCAGUGCAAGCGCCUGCUCCUUAUGAAGCUCAACAACCAGCUCCCUAUCCUUAUGCUGCUAGUGAUUCAGUACCGGUUACAGCUUCACAGAGCUCUUAUGAAGCUCAACAACCAGCAUCGGUUCCUGCGCCUACAGAUUUGUCAUAUACUGAUGCAGAGCAGUGUCAAAGUUACCCAAGCACUACACCUGCUCCAACUUCUGCAUCUUAUGCAAAUACCGAAACAGCACCAGCUUAUCAAGCGCAGGCACCUUCUACAUGUUCUUGCAUGACCUCAAAUCAAUAUUCAGAAUCGAAGACACCAUUGUUAUCAAACAUUUACUCAAGACUUCCAGGAUCCUUAGAUUUGACGAAACUUUUUAAACAACUGCGCAGGCGCUUCGGAAUGUUUGUUUAUCAACCGAGAUAUACGCAUAUUAUAAUUAGUGAUUAGACUAACUUGCGAUGGUAAUAUKUAUUUAUUAGUGAUAACCCAUAAUGGGUGC